AUGAGCAAUAAAACGGAAGAAGAAGAAAGUACCCGAAGCCAGAAACGCGAUGCCAUUGAAACAGAUGGUUCGCCAAUUUCUUCGAGUGAGAGUUCAGACACAAUGCCAGGUGUAGAGGGCAGGAUUCUAAAGAAACAAAAGAAGCUACCAGAAGACGAUCCAGUGGUGGUUGCGAGAAAAGCAUUGGAGAUGUUCAAAGAAAUUGAGGCUGAAGAUGCUCCACACACUAUUGAUUCGAAGGAGAAUUUGGAAAUCAAGUCUGAGACAAAGAUUGAGAGACUGGAUUCACCGAGAGGGCCAAAGAUACAUUAUCGAUUGCCAAUAAUAUCACAACAAGAAGAGUUCUUGCUCUAG